AUGGCCGCGAAUGAAUAUCAGAAUCCUACUCAGCGUCUUCAUCAGGGUAAGGUAGCAGGGAUUCUGGAUGUUGAUGCUACUUCAGCCAUAGCUGCUCAGCUUAAGGCUCUUACUAUGAAGGUGGAUUCUUUGACUUUGGAGAAUCAGAUUGGGCAGAUUGCUAACGCGUUGAUAAACGGAGCACAAGGAACUCUUCCUAGUGAUACCGAGGCCAAUCCGGGUAAGAAAGAGAUGAAGGAACAGCAAGUGUAUCCACCUCCCCCUUUUCCGAAGAGACUUCAGAAGCAUAAGCUCGACAAACAAUUCGCUAAAUUUCUAGAGGUUUUCAAGAAAUUGCAAAUCAAUAUACCUUUUGGGGAAGCUCUAGAACAGAUGCCGAGCUAUGCUAAGUUCAUGAAAGGUAUUCUAUCUCGGAAGCUGAAGCUUGAGGACUUGGAGACCGUUGCUCUAACGGAAGAGUGCAGUGCGGUGCUGCAACAGAAAUUGCCUCCGAAACUUAAAGAUCCCGGAAGUUUCACAAUACCAUGUACUAUUGGCAAGUUAUCUUUCGACAAGUGUUUGUGUGACCUGGGAGCUAGUAUCAAUCUGAUGCCGUUGUCUGUCUUCAAGAAACUUGGGCUGCCGGAGCCGAAACCUACGAACAUGUCAUUACAACUGGCUGAUCGGUCCAUCACUUACCCACGUGGUAUAGUGGAGGAUGUCUUGGUUAAGGUGGAUAAGCUCAUAUUUCCUGCUGAUUUUGUCAUUCUAGACUUCGAGGAGGAUAAGCAGAUUCCCAUUAUCUUGGGGAGGCCGUUCUUAGCUACAGGCCAAACUUUGAUCGAUGUGUUCGACGCAAUGAAAUUUCCAACCGACGAAGAAGAAUGCUUUAAGGUGGAGCCACUAGAAGCUGUUGAAAAUUCUGUGUCGGGGCAAAAGCUAAGGCCAAGUACCUUUGAGAGAGUCUUAACAAGGGAUUCUGAUUUCGAAGAUGAAGGAGUAGCAGAGCUUGAAAAUUCUCAAGAGCAUCGUAAUCCAUUUAUUGAAGAAGCUCCCGAACUCGAACUCAAACUACCUCCAGAUCUCUUAAGUGAUGUGUAG